UCACAAUGCACCUUCACGGGAAAGUUCUAGAGAGAGAAACAAAAGCUUAGAGAGAGAGAGAGAGAUGGCAGCCUACACCGAAUCUUGGGUUUCUUCUUCGAUCCAAGAAAACCCAAAUGAAGAGGAAGCAAAUGAGUCAUUGGAAUCAAUCUUUUCUUCUUCUGCGUUCAACCGACAAGUGGAGCGGGAAGAAGGAGAAUUGCCCAAGCUAAGGAGCUCGUCGUCGAGCGGCAGCAGGAAGAAGAAGAAGAAGAACCAGGUUUUGCUUGAAGGGUAUGUUGAUUCGGCCGAUGAGGACGAUCUGUCGAGGACCAAGAGCUUGACGGAUGAGGAUCUCGAUGAGCUCAAAGGGUGCUUGGAUCUGGGAUUUGGGUUCAGCUACGAAGAAAUUCCCGAGCUCUGUAACACCUUGCCUGCUCUUGAGCUUUGUUACUCUAUGAGCCAGAAGUUCAUGGACAAGUCGCCGGAGAGCUCUCCUGCUGCACUGGAUUCCUGCUCUUCUGUGUCCAGUCCGAUUGCCAAUUGGAAGAUCUCCAGUCCUGGUGACCAUCCAGAGGAUGUGAAGGCGAGGCUGAAAUACUGGGCACAGGCUGUGGCGUGCACAGUUAGAUUGUGCAGCUAGCUUGAAAUAGAUUAGGAUUUUAUGCUUUAAUGCCUAAGCAAAAUUUUAAAAUGGACCAACAUUCUCGGGUGGAGAUGAAACAUCAAUAGGUGUGGGUGGGUGGACCUUCCUAUGCAGCUUGUGCUGUAUGGUUUAUAUAUUCCAGAAUGGCUUCGUUAUCAGGAACAGAAUUGUUCCUGCAAUUCGUUAGCUGGAGAUUGGCUCCGAGAACCUGUUGAUGAUAGAUCUACUUUGAGGAAGAUGGAGAAGAUUAUUUCAGGUUUGAGAUCAAACAGAUGGCUGUGUCACUCUUUGUCUUAAUUGUUCUCAAGCUACAGCAUUGUUUAUGAUUCGAUUAAUGAAUAAGCGUACCAUUCGUUUUAUUUUCUGGAAAAUGUUUCGAUGCCUAUGAAUUCCAACCUUAGCUGUUGGUUUGUAUGCAGUGGUGAGGUGAAGAGCCUCCUUUGGAGCUUCACCAAGUACUUGCUGUCCUCUGCAUUUGCUGAGGUAACUAACCUAACUUGGUUGUGUGUUUUUGCGAUGCUGACAAUUAUGAUCCUGAUCCUAUUAUGAUAGUUCUGGUUCUGUGUUGCUUUUUAACUGUACCUGACUGACUGAUUGUGUUGAUCCAUGGUAUGGAUAGAUAGAAAGGUUGGAUGGACUGACCAUGCUGACAGUUUGUGAUGCUUAACAAUGCCCGAGUUUGGAUGAAAUGACUUUGUGAUGCUUAAUCUGCUGACCAGUCAUUCAGCUGGAAUUCCAGAUGCAAUUGAAAAGAGGGCGACAACUGGAUUCCUAUCUGACCAUGAAAUUUGAUUCGGAACUUUACAUUUUAGUUUUCUCUGGUCUUGAAAUUUGAUUAAUUAGUAUGGUUUCUUGUGGUUGAGUUAUGGAAUUGACUAGUUACGGAUGCAUUCCUGCUGAGAGCACUAAAACGAUGAUCUUAGAUUGCAUGAUUGCAUCUGAUAAGUAUACAUGGUGAAUUGUAACCAGUAGACUGAGAAUGCAGGUCAUAGGAAAUAGAGUAAUACUUGAAUGAUUUCAAGUUGUAAUGCUUGAUAGUGUUGCGCAAGUAUUGAGAAUAAACUUACAGGAUAAGAGGGAGCAUUGCCUCUCAUUUUAUGGCU